AUGGUCCACCUGUUCUGUUCCUUGAGUGUCCACGUAGUUCAAACGCAGUUCAUGGAGGCACGAAAGAGGCACAUGGAAUGCUGUUCCCGUGGCGCCCUGCGUAGAGCCUUGGGGCCCCUGUUGUAUUCGCUUUGUGAUGGCCCGUUCGAUGAAUUCAAGCUUUUCGGGUUUUUCGGAAAAGGGAAUUUGCAAGAUUUCUAUGUUGGAGACAAUCAUCAUGAACAGUGCCUGGAAACCAAUGGCGUAUUCAUCCAUGCGAGUGGGCUCGAGCUCGUCUCUCUCGACCAGCUCGUCGCGAUCGCGUUGAUCCGGGUUUGUGUCAACCAGCUCGAGGUAUUUUCCGAUCGCAGCAUCGAGGUGCGGCGAGGAACGAAAAGAAGCGAGCCUUUGGCGAAACUACACGGGCACAGCAAGGUACAAAGCAUCUCUAUCAUUGUAGUGACGAGCAUGGCCAAACAAGGACAAGUUAAGAACGCGAACGCAACCAGCAAGAUCGGGCCGCUCCACCAAAGUCCGCAGAAGCUUUGGCGUCGUAGAGACCGUAUGAAAGAGGAGUGGCUGGGCCAUGCGUCGGAAGGCUAUGCAGACGAGUGAAAGG